AUGGCGUGCCCGCCAGGCUCGCAACCGGAGGCGGUCGGCGGUGCCUCCGAGCGCGCGGGGAACAGCGGCGCCGUGGGUGCGCAGCACGCCCUCCCGCCGGAGGCCCCCUCGGGCCUCUGGCGUUGCGAGCUGGGCGAGCUGCAGGACCUGCUGCAGGCCAGCCUGAGCGAGCUGCGCGAGGGGGUACGCAGGGACGUGUGCGAGGAGCUCCGCCGCGCGCUGGCGGCGCCCAAGGCGACGGCGGGGCGCGCCGCCAGGCCGCCGCCGCUCGAGGAUGCGUGCUCGCUGCGGGAGCUCGCGUCCCGCCUCUUCACGCAGGUCGCCCGGCCUCGCGAGCCCGAGCCUGGCGGCGGGCCGCCACCGCCGCGCGCCGCCGCGGCGGCGGCACCCGGCCUCCGCGCCGAGGCCCUCGGCGACGGCGGGCACGCGCCGAGCGGCGCUGGCGGCUUCCAGUCCACGGCCUCCGCCCGCGUGGCGGCGGUUCUGUGCAGCAGCGCGGCUGCCUCGGCAGUUGCGGGCUCGCACACGGAGCACCCGUGCCCGGGGUGGACGAAGGAGACCCUUGUGAUCGGCAGCGCGACGGAGGUUGCCCUGGCGCCUCCACCGCCCAGCCACUCGGUACACUCGGAGAGGGCCGCGCACCACCAAGAGCAGCGGCUGCCCGCGAGGGCAGCGCAGCAGCCGUCGCUCGCUGCGCACAUGUUCAGCCGCCAGCGGCCCCGCGCGCGCUCGAAGCCCCGGAGGAGCUGGAUAUACGGGAGCCUGGGCAGCACGCGCUGCCCCUGGCUGGCGUCCAUCCGCCAGGGUGCCUUCAAGCUUGUGGAGCAGACGGAGUUCGACCUCCUGAUGGGCCUGCUGAUACUCCUGAACGCGGCGCUGAUGGGGGUGCAGGCCGACUUCGCCGCCCGCGCGACGCGCGAGGGCGGCGACCGGGAGCCGAUGCUGCUACAGGUCGCGGCACAGAUCUUUGCGGGCAUCUUCGUGUUGGAGCUGGCGCUGCGCCUGCUGGGAUACGGGGCCGCGUUCUUCUUCAUGCGCGGCUGCUCCUGGAACUACUUUGAUCUUAUCGUGGUCAGCCUGCAGGUGUUCGAGGAGAUCACCACGUACAUUGCCAACAGCCAGCAGGACCCACUUGCCCAGAAUACGGGCUUCAGCUUCUUGCGCAUAUUGCGGGUGUUGCGGCUGUUGCGCGUCUUGCGGUUGAUGAGAGUGUUGAGCAUGAUACAUGAGCUUCGCACCCUGGUCGCAUCGAUCGGUAAUAAUAUGCCCUCCCUGGUUUGGACGGUGGCCCUCCUCGUCCUGAUGAUCUACAGCGCAAGCAUCUGCUUUACACAGGUUGUAGCUGACCUCGCCGAGGACGAUCCAGACUCGGUGGCAGUGGGUACGGAUGCUCACAAGUAUUACGGCUCCCUUUUUCGUUCGAUGUUGUCCCUCUACCAGGCAAUCACUGGUGGAGUUAGCUGGUGUGUCCUGAUCGACCCGCUCUUCGCCCAGAACUCUCCAGCCAUGGCAUUGCUUUUAUGCUUCUACGUAUCUUUUGCGGUAUUAGCACUGUUGAACGUCAUGCGCACUCAUAUUUGUCGACUCGGCUCUGUCUGCCUUGAAGAACAAGCAGAACCUCCUCAAUACGCUCGGGAGGCUGGUUGCCUCCAUAAGGAAGGACGAGGGCCCGAUCCGACUCGACGACUUCAAGGAGCAGCUCGAGUCUCCGCAUGUGCAGUCGUAUUUCGAGGAGAUGGGCCUCACCGCGGAGGAUGCCGAGGCGCUGUUUCACCUCCUGGACGUGGAGAGGACGGGUGCCAUCGACCCGGAGCAGUUCGUCCUGGGGUGCGUUCGUAUCCACGGAAGCGCGAAGGCAAUCGAUUUGGUGACUCUCAUGUCCGAGGUUCACCUGCUCCAUCGCCGCUUGGAGGCUCAUGCGACAUUCGUUGA